AGACACAGGCCUAGUCUUUUCAGCUGCCUCUCACACUUGCCCUAUUAACCAAAGAAAGGAGGGGCAGCCCUUUCUCCCUGCAGUGACCCCAUUGCACACACAGGACCUACAUGUCACAGACGUCGAAGGGUUUGUGAGAUAUUCCCAGGCUGUGGGCUGCAGGGAGCUCUUCAACAGACUCCAGAUUCCAGCCCUUUCAGUGGAAACAUUCGGAAUUGACCUUUGAGACCAGCCAUCUCUUUUCUCCUUGGAACUGCAGACGCAGUCUCAGAAUUUGAAGACCAGGUCCUGGGAUCCUGCAAAGAACCUGCCCCAGUGACCCCCACUCUUUGUCCAAGCAGAAACUCACAAACAACUCAGCGGAGACUUCCCACAGUUAACUGCCAUGGAUCAGUUCAUCUUAUCCUUCAUAACAAAAAAUAAUUUUCAGCAGUUGUCGUCAGAAUUUUUAUCUUACUAUUUCACCAUAAUCAGUAAGGCAGGAGGAAUCCUCUCUCAAGAAACCCUCAGUGAUAUUCAAGCAGCCCUUCAGAAAGGGAACCUAGAAGAUAUUGUGAAAAAGAUUCAGGGAGCACUUGUGCAAGCAGAGAAUGCUCCCCUGGAUGUGGCUGUGACCGGGCAAUCUGGGACUGGGAAGUCCAGUUUCAUCAAUGCCCUGCGAGGGCUGAGUCAUGAAGAAGAGGGCACUGCCUUAGUGGGGAUUGUGGAGACUACCAUGGAAAAAACUCCCUAUCAACAUCCAAAAUACCCCAAAGUGACCUUCUGGGACCUGCCUGGAACUGGGACCCCCAAUUUCUGUGCAGACACUUAUCUAGAAAAAAUGGGAUUUACUAACUAUGACUUCUUCAUCAUCAUUUCUUCUACUCGUUUCACCUACAAUGAUGCCCUGCUGGCCCAGAAAAUCAAGAGCAUGGGGAAAAAUUUCUAUUUUGUCAGAACAAAGGUGGACAAUGAUUUAUAUAAUGAAAAGAUAAGCAAACCCACGUCCUUCAAUGAGAAGAAAGUCCUUCAACAGAUCCGAGACAACUGCCUGGCCAGUCUCCAAUGCAUUGGAGUGCCUGACCCACAUAUCUUCUUGAUCUCCAAUUUUGACCUGGCUGACUUUGAUUUCCAAAAACUAGAGGAGACACUGUUGAAGGAGCUUCCUGCUCACAAGCGCCACACCUUUAUGCUCUUGGUUCCCUGUUUGUCUGAUGCUGCCAUUGAGAUGAAGAGAGAUUUCCUCAAGGAGAAGAUCUGGCUGGAUGCUCUGAAGUCAUCAGCUUUGGCCUUCAUCCCUUUCAUGCCAUACAUCAGUGGUUUCGAUUUACCUGAACAGGAGAAAUGCUUGAAUCUUUACCGAAGCCAUUUUGGUCUGGGUGAUGAGGCCAUCAAGAAUGUUGCACAGGACUUGGGGACAUCUGUGCAAGAACUUAGUACCUCCAUGAAGUCAUUGAAUUUUUGGCUACUUGUGAAGGAAGAUGAUACAGUAGGAAAGUUGAAGGCAUGUCUUGAAUCUUUCAGCUCAGUGAAAGGAGGUCUCUUAUCUUUGGUCUUACAGUUUUUAAAAGCCUACCAUCUUCGUAUGAAAUUCCUCGACACCGUAGCUGAUGAUGCCAAAGUUAUUUUGCACAAGAUUUUGAAGAGAUAAAUUCUAAGAGAAUGAAAUAGAGGUGGGGUGUCUUACCUCACUGAAGUGCAAAUGAGUCCCAGGUCCUUCUGUCUAUGAAUGGGGCUGAGAGUGGGAAUCUCAUUCCUCUCAAUUUCUCAUAAAGUGAGGGGCUGGGGGAAAGUCUUUUCAGAGAGGUUAUGGCAUUGAUUCACGCUGAUGUCUUCUUGUUGUGUCUGGGUGAUUUGACCAUGGUCUCUGUGUUGCUUGAAUUACCAAAGAUAUGCACCACAUAGUUUCCAUCAAUCUCAAUGAACUAUUAAGUAGACUAUAGGUAUUAUUCACUCAGAAAAUAAUUAUUCUGAAACAAUUAAAUUGACUGUUAUCCAUUGACAUUUUCCCAGUCAUUUUGAAAACGUCAACAAGCAAGUUAUUUGCCUGUUAAUUUGAUAAUAUUUUGUUUUAUAAAAUCUAUAGUUUUAAUACCCAUAUCACCCCAUCUAUACUACUCAUCUUCUUUUUCUUUAAUGGCGUGCCUAUCUAAAUAUUUAAAUUGAAUCUUACAAUAUUUGUUAUGUUGUAUAUUGCUUGUUUCAUCUACCAUAACAUUUGAAAUAUACAUAUAUAUAUCAUGAUAUGAACUAGAGCUUUGUUUCUCUUUAUACAUUAAAUAAUCCAUUGUAUAUUAAUAAAAAUAAAGCAUUUGAUUUAGUCAUUCA